AUGAAAGGGCGGGACGUGACUGCGGCGGUGGCUUCUCCGCUGCCUGAUCCUGGGGUUGGGCUGGAUCCGCCACCUCAAGUCCGCAUCGUCCCUGUCCCCCUCCCCAACACCCCCAACGCCGUCCUCCUCACCUGCCACGUCUGGGGCUUCUACCCCGCCGAGGUGACGGUCCUCUGGCUGCACAACGGGGACGUGGUGGCCACCGGGGACACCGCCAAGCUCCUGCCCAACGGUGACUGGACCUACCAGACGCAGGUGACCUUGACGGUCACCGCCAAGGCUGGGGACACCUUCACGUGCUCGGUGCAACACGCCAGCCUGAACCGGCCCCUCCGGAAGCGCUGGGGUCCCGGCUUGUCCCCGGGGUUGACGGUGAAGGUGGCGGUGGCGGCGGUGACAAUGACCCUGGGGCUGGUGGUCUUUGCCGCCGGCACCUUCAGCUACUGCCGCCAGGUCCUGGUCCUGGAUCUGGUCCCGGUCCUGGUCCUGCUUCAUGUCCUGGAUCUGGUCCUGGAUCUGGUCCCGGUCCUGGUCCUGCUUCAUGUCCCGGAUCUGGUCCCAAUCCUGCUCCUGGGCUUGGAUCUGGUCCUAGUCCUGAUCUUGGUCCUGGUCCCCGUUUUGGUCCCUCCACGGCCACCUGUGACCAUGUAG